AUGUCACAUCAUUAUCAGCAUCAUGACGAGGACCAGGAGUACACCUAUGGCAGGAACAAUCAGUAUAACUUCUCGCAGCCGCCAUUCAAUCAAUCAUAUUCGAGCCACCAGGCUCUGGCACCAUAUAAUCACCACUCUGCUGAGGCUACCUCCAUUCCUCCCUCAUACCCUUCACAACAAGCAAUGUAUACGCAGGCUCCGCAACAUUCUUCACUUCCCACCCAUUCAUCCUCUGCCGGAUAUCAAUGCCACCCUCAGUAUCUGUCACAGCCCAGGUUUCCAGCACCGCAUCGACUCUUCCCUAUGCAUGAGCCGUUGUGGGAGGUAGAAAUCGAAGCCCAGGAAUCUUGCAAUGAACAAACGGUCUUGUCAGAGCCCGUUAUUCCUGCCCUGGACGGGUUCCCAGAUGUUCGAGAGUUUGAUCAGCUCAUGAAGAGCUACGUUGAGGACCUUUCCGUCAAGAAGCAAGACAAAGCCUUGAUCCAUUCAAGGAGAGCUCGAAACAUUAAAAUCGUGCUCACUGAUCCCAAGGAUACCGCGAUUGAAUCUGCCCAGUUCAGGUUUUGGGUGAAGAAAAUGUUCAGACUGGAGCCUAAUGACAGCAGAACGCCUGUGUCUCGAAAAAUGAUAUGUCAUGAAGGGAAGCCAGUAGCAAUACGUGAAAAGCUUUUCAAAAUCUUGACUCGGGCACACCAACAAUGCCAACAUGGAGGUCGUGAUAAGACUUCAGCCCAGGUUCGGAGGAUAUACUCAUGGGUACCAAAAGAGCUAAUAUCACGCUUCGUUAAAAUAUGCCCAACAUGUCAAGUUCGAAGAGGGGGAUCUCGGUUGACACCCCCAACCUCAUGCAGAAGUUCUCCUAAGCCUGAUCACAUAUUAGGCCCUUCACCAUAUCUUCUCUCACCGCCAGAUUCUCGCCGAGAAUCCAUUAUAAGCCGGCCAGGGGUUCCAUAUCCUGCACGAGCGGAGGCUCCACACGCUAAUCAUAAUCAGUCCAAUAUUCCAUCCGCACUAACCUGGCCGCCAACCCCACAUCACACAAGCUUGUCGAACCAAUAUCAUAACUCACAUAUGCAUCCCGUUCCCUCGACAGCGAGUAGUUGGGCCUCGCUCCCAAGGACGUUGACGUCAGGCAGUGAAACGAAUAGUGCUGCGGGUAACCAUGGAUUAUCAACAACAUUGUCCAUGCCAUCAAACCACCUAGACUACCACUCUACCUAUGACGAAGCCCAGCAUCUUCCGGAAUCUCAUCAUUAUUAA